GUACGGACAGAUCAGGCUCGUCGGCUCUAUUUUCAGGCCUCACUGCUCGAGAUGGUGAAGGGAUUGAGUUGGCGAAAAACAGCUCGGGAUGACUGAGUCGGGUUAGGGCAUCAUCGCAUGACCGCGUGCGGCCUGCGCCUCAUGGUCGCCCUUAUAUUACUGCCCUUGCUUCUGUUCACGCAUCUGCUCAUCUUUUCCGCUCUAUCUCAACAGGCAUGGACCCAUCCAGCAGCUAUUGGCACACUUCGAACCUUUCUCGGAUCCAUGAACAAGAUCGCGAUGACAGGCAAGACGCGAGCUCCGAACCCCGACCUCCGAGGGCGGAUGCGCCUCCUCCCACGAUAUCUCAAAACUCUCUCGCUCUCUGCCUCCCUUCCCAGAUGGCGUUCCAAGAACAUAGAUCAGAAGCUGCAUUUCAAGCCGUAGCCGACGUCGGUCCUUCCCAUCAAUCUCUGAUGCAAGAGGUGUACGGAGUCGCACAUGCUCAUAUCUCCACCGCCGAUCUCAUGCCGCCACAUUAUCCUUACGUCACUCCUCACAACGUGCACGCCACAUACCGCGAGGUUACUUAUCGUUCUCUGGAUGCUUUCUCAUAUCAAUCAGGAUCGACGGCCACCUUCAUCGAUCCCGAUGCUAGACACCAAGCCACGAUCGUCAUGCCUGAUUUCAACCGAUCUCCCACUGCUCAUUCAAUUCAGCUCAAUCCCGAUGUCAGCCACCUUCGUCCUAUCCUGGGGCCCAUAUCCCUGUCGUCAGAUCCGCGUUCGGCACUUCAAUGUCAAACCGUGAAGUGCAAGUGGGGUGGAAAUUGUGAUAUCGAGCUCGACGACCUGACCCCGACCGGAAUCAAUCGUCAUUUGAAGGAUCAUCACUAUUAUCCCUCUGAAUGGGAUGCGAGGUGCCGUGGAGCUUGCCAAUGGCAAGGCAGUCCAUGUAGCAGCGUCCCCGACAUGUAUUACUCCAGCUUUGGAAAACAUAUCGCCGCAGUCCACCUUGGUAGCACCGCCAGAACCUGCCCACAUUGCAAUGCUAUUUUCUCCCGCGCCGAUACACUUUCUCGUCACGUCGAGCGCUACUGCCCUAAACGUCCUCAUUGAAUGUGUUCUCGACAAUGCCCGUGGGUAGAAAAUCCGAACG